GGGCGAGCAGUCUGGCUGCGUCGCGCCUCCACAACGGUGUUCUUCUCUCCCUCUGUCUUGUUCGGUGAGCUGUCAGUCCACGGAGACGGAAGGAGCAGCAGUUUAGGACCCCGCAGCGUGUGCCUAGCUAGAGUGCUGGUUAUCGACAGUGCAACUUAGUGAUCGUGUGUGUGUGUGUUGACGGUGAUAUCGCUGGCCAAGCUCGAUGUGGCAGCUCGUAGCGUCUCUCCUCAUCACGGGCUUGCUGUGAGAAUACUUGUUAUCUCUUGAGAAAUAAUAGACUCCCUGGUAUGCGUUAAACCGAGAUCAGAUAACCAGAAAGCUUAACAGUUCGCGGGUAGUUAAUAUCGCAUGAACGAUGUUCGGGUCCAGGAAGAAGAACAAGGAGCGCCCGGCGGUGGGCAUCAGGUUCCAGUCGAACUCAGAGUUCGAGUCGAACAUUUAUGUCCCCUCCGCCAGAACGCCCCCACGUUCCGCCUCUCCCACACCACCCACUCUCCCACCGUCCCAUGCACCUCCCCCAGCACCUCCAGCCGUCCUCAACAACAACAACAUCAACAACGGUACGGUGUUGGAGGGGAUGCAGGGAGCCUCGCUCAACCCGGACUAUUACGAAGGACAAAACGUAGACAACAUCGAACCCUGUCACGAUUCCGAUGACGACUUAAUAGAACCUCCCCUGAGCCGGUUCACCAGGAGGAAGUCUGUGUUCGCGGAGGCCUACGACCCCGAGGAGGACGACGACGAUGGCGAGAGGAUUAUCCACGCCAAGUCAGACGAACAGCGACAGAGGUUGUCAGAAGCAGUCAAAAAUAUUUUCCUCUUCAGAUCCCUUGAUCACGACCAGAUUGGGGAGGUGCUAGACGCCAUGUUCGAGCGACGGGUAACAGAGGGAGAGAACGUCAUUAAGCAGGGUGAUGAUGGCGACAACUUCUAUGUCAUAGAAUCGGGAGUAUACAACAUCUUCGUCAAGACCGACAGUGACACAGAACCUCGUUCCGUGGGAAAAUACGAUAACUCUGGUAGCUUUGGAGAGCUGGCUCUCAUGUACAACCUGCCUCGAGCAGCCACCAUCCAGGCUGUUACCUCUGGUGCACUUUGGGCUAUGGACCGACACACCUUCCGCAGGAUAUUACUCAAAUCUGCUUGUAAGAAGAGGAAGAUGUAUGAGGCCUUGCUCGAAAAUGUUCCCAUGUUAAAAACAUUGGAGAAAUACGAACGGUUGAACUUGGCGGAUGCCUUGGUGCCAAAAGUAUAUGUGCCCGGGCAGCAGAUUAUUUUGCAGGGUGAUAGUGCCGACGGCAUGUACUUUGUGGAGGAUGGUACGGUCCGCAUUACCAUGGUCAAAGAAAAUAAUGAAGAGAAAGAGAUCAGUCGGGUGUCUAUCGGUGGUUACUUUGGAGAACUUGCCCUCGUCACAAAGAAAGCCAGAGCGGCCUCAGUGUAUGCUGUAGGAAAGGCAAAAUUGGCAUUCCUAGAUGUGGAGGCCUUUGAGCGUCUGCUUGGGCCUUGCAUGGAUCUAAUGAAGCGGAACAUUGAAGACUAUGAGAAUGAGCUUCUGAAGAUCUUUGGCUCCAAGGCUAAUAUCUCUGACAUCCGAUGAAGUAACAUUUAUGUUUCUUAGUAUAUCAGUCGCCAAAUUACGCGUUCGAAAGUCAUGGGUGUCGGAGAAACUGGUGUUCGUGCUUCAGUCAUCGUUCUAGAUGAAUGCUGACUGAUAGACGGAGAUGAUCAUACCAAUAAAGAGGAAAAAAAAAGAUGAUUGUUGUAACUCACGUUAGCUUUGGGUUUCCUUAGUGUCCACGCCUUUGGCCAAGCUGGCAUGGCAACUGUGGGGUUGUCUGUGUCUUCUCCAGGUUUGCCAAGGGCUGCUUAAUACGAAUAAAAUAAAUACAAUUACAAUUAUUUAACAAUAUUGGGAUAGUUUCUCACACCAUUGAUGAUUGGGGUGAUUAAUGUCAUAUAUUUUUACUUUACAGGAAUUAAAAGUGAUUACAACAGGUAUUGAUUUGACUCCUUGCUUUGUUUCAAUAUGUAUAAUUUUUGCUAUUCAUGAUGUAAUUGUCACUCAUAUAUUAAGGGGAAAAGUAAGUUUUGGCAGUGAAACAUCUCAGUAAAACAGUGGAACAAUCCAAUUAAAAUACAAAUUAAAAUUGCACCACAGAAACCUUUGAAUAAUGCAGUGAGCUUCCUUUGGUGCAAAUUUCCUGCCCUCAGUGAGGAUGUUACCACCUACGCAGAGCUGCUUCACCGGUUCAACACCACUUCUUUACUUGGACACUGGUCUUUGUUCCGAAAAAAUCCUUCUUUGUACAGAUUAUUGUCUUUUUGUCUAGUGUAUAAACAUUAUAUUCAUACAUUUAUUUAAUUAAUGUCAGUAACUUUAUAGACUAGGACAAUUCCCAGGUACUAUUUUGCCCUUUGCAAGGUGCUACACUUAUGAAUAUACAUACAGUAUACAUACAGUAUAUCAAAACUCUUCUGAAUGGCCUAUCACACACUUUAUAAUACCAACUUCACUUUCAUAUUUUCUAUGGGGCCAAGAAACAAAAGUAUUGCAAAGAUACUCUCCUCUAACUACUCUGUACAGCUCGUGGUGUUUCCAUUUCAGUUUUAAUAUGUGAACGAAAAAUCCUUUAUUCAUUUUUAUAGUUCAAGUGUAUUAACUGUUGGACAAAAAUAUUCAUUAUGGUUUCUCAGGAUUAAUGAUUAUUUUUCUGACCAAUUUUAGUGCCCUGCAUCAUAGUCGGUAGACUGUUAAAUGUCCCCUGGUAAAGUUGUCAGUGUAGAAGGCUCCAUUUCCAGAACUACACCAUGCAUUCAUCUUAGUUAAUCAACUAAAAUGCUCAUAUACUGUUCAUGAUUCGGGCAAUCAUGUGGUGCAAGUUCACCAUAAAGGAGCAUUGUUUUCUAAAGUGCUGCCAAAGUUUGUUUCUGGAAUCUAGCCGGCCUAAGUCACACCUAGCAUAUUACCCCUAGCAUCUCUACAAUGGACUAAAUUUAUGUUUUUUAAAACCCUUAAGUAGUUCAAAGUUCAUUGCAUAUUUAAUAGUUCCUUGCCUUCAUUAUAUUUUCUAUCACCAGCUACAGUACAUAUAAUGGAAAGAAAAUGAUGUCAGAGGAUUAUUUAAUAUUAGCACACAAAUUUAGCAUUAUUUUAAAAAGCAGUUAUAUGUAGAUCAGUUUUCACUUGCUCAAAACAUUGCCAGAGAAGUUAUAUGCACUGUCAUUCAGGAAGCACCGAUAAUAGAUGCAUUUCUGAUUACUCAAGAGACGAGGUUGACUCGGGUCCACUGGAUGGGUGCAUCUUGAUCGACUAGGUAGGCCAAUGCAAGUUAGCCCACAUGCCAUGAAGACUUAGUCAAUUAGACUAAAUGAUCAGGGGCGAGCCAGCUUAUACAGGAAUGUAAAAUAUACAGAUUAUGAUAGUGUAAGUGACUUAUGCUUUAUUUACAAACAUGAAAAGUAUAAAUAAACUAUGGUAAUAUUAACAUCCUUUGAAGCUUGGGAGAUAGGCAAGUCAUACAGAAUGUUUUAUAUGUUACUUUGACUGUUCGAUGGUAAAUUAAAUUACAUUGCAAAAAUUAAAAACAAUACAAUUUAAUCUUGAGCCAUACAGGACUGAAAUAAAGCAACUGAAUAGAGAAUGUUUUAAUAGUUAUACAAAAAUUAGUGAAUGAGGCUGGCUAUUGUAUAAUGUAUGUUAUACAGUAUAGUAGGCCAAAUUUCAAGGGUUUGAAUAUAUAUAUAAGAUAUUUAUUCAAAGAUUAUACAUUUGUUGUUGUAUAUGGUUUUAGUAUUUUAUACAAUAGCUGUACUGUACUGCUACUUUAUUAAUAUAUAAGUGAAAUUAUAUAUAGUUUUACUUUCAUAAAUGACAGAUUAAAUUUAUAAUACUAUACAAGAAUUUACUAAAUAAAAAUGUAACAAUUUUAAUUUAUAACUAAGCAAUGCAAGUUUUUAGUUGUCCUUCACUAAAGUCAUAGAUAUUCAGAUAAUACUCUUAUAAUAAAAAUUAAUAGACUGCCCAUUGGAUUGGAAACCAAAUCACAUAGAAAACAUUCUUAAUAUAUACAGUACAGUCAUAUGACAAUUAACAUUGCGUUAAAAAUCAUAUCUUCAUGCAACGGAAAAUGGGUUAUUCAAUUUAAUAUACAAUAAUCAUAUUUCCCCAAACGUGGUACACACAGUACUCUUAAUAAAAUCCAAUGUUGAAUGUAAUGAGAGACAUCUUUCUGAUGCCUCCCAGAUUCUGGCCUUUCCCGUGACUAUCAGGGUGACCCUGAGGAGCCUCUCUCCCUGAAAAUCCAUUUAUAAAAUGGCAUUAAAUAAUUAAUAAUUCAUUGUAUUGUGGGAAAGGAAGCCAGAGUGUAUUCAUAUACAUUUGGCUGUUAUCGAGGUAUCCCCCCCCCCAACAAGGCCCGCCCAGCAUGCAACCCCACAAGAAGCUGACUAAUUCCUGAGUACCUACUCACUGCUAGGUGAACAGUGGCAUUAGGUGAAGGGAAAUGUGGCCAAUCAUUUCUGUCUCGCGCGGGAUUUGAACCCGGAAUAAGUGACAUCUCAUAAAACUCCAGGAUAUAUAAAAUGUUAACCAAUGUUAAAAUAUUCAAUAAGAAUAAAAGUAAAUUAAACAAUAAUUGAAAUUGUAUGUUCCUAAUAAUGGAAGAAUAAUCAUAUAUUAAAAAUAAAUAUACUGUAAAACUGAUUAAAUUAUCACCAACUGUAAGAUUUUGAAUGAAGAGCAUAUAAUGUUUUAAGCAUCAGCUACAAACUAAUAUAUUAUAUAUAUACAUUAUAUAUAUAUAAAUAUAUAUAUAGCAUUUAUAUAUUUAUAUAGGGGGGUACCAUCUCUGGUUGUGUUUGUAGGGACCCUCGGCCUCAAAGAAGAGGAUAUGUAUCAUCCGGAGGAGCCUUGUGGGACACCCCGCAUACACUCACUUAUUGUCUUCUCCUACCCCCCCCCCCCCCUAUAUAUUAUAUAUUUAUAUAUUUUAUGAAAGCUUGGCAAGGGUUUUCUGCAAAGAAUAAGGAUUUAUUUUUUGGCAAAAAUCUAAAUUUGUUGAUAAUGUGAAGCAUAGAUGUUGUCAAAAUGUUUUUUGAAGAAGUCUAUAUGUCACCAAACACCUUUUAUAGUUUUGAAACAAACUGUAUUUGUUAAUAUAAGGAAGAGUCGGUAGUAAUAUAGAUGCCGUUGUCAGCCAAGAUGUAUGCAAAACUUAUUAAAGUUGCUUUCCAUCAGGUAAGCAAUACCUAUUUUUACUCACAUUGCAGGUGUUGUUCAAAGCUGUUGUUUCUAGGUGCAUGUGGAUAAAAUUUCUCAUUCCUUGUCCAGAUCCGCCUGUGGGUGCGUGUCCUAGAGAACGUCACUUCCUCACUGUCGGAAAUUUCCUACUCUUGUCCAUUGUGAGUCAGAGAGAUUUGUUUAUAAAGUUUCAUUAUGUGUAAAAUAUAAUUAAUCUCUGGCUUUAUGUUGGGUAAGAGAAGAAAUAUAAGAGCCUAUUAUAUUUUUUCACUAUUUCUUCUAUAGAACUAUCAUCAUUAAAUAAAACUGAGAUUAGUCUUGGUGGCUUCUUUCACUGCCCCUUCAGAUGCUAAUAUUUAUAUAUAAUUAUAUAAUUGUAUAUAGGUAAUUAUAGAAUUAUAUAAUUAAUGGGAAAAUUUUUUAAAAACUUUUUUUUAUUGUUCUACCUGUACUGGUCUGUUAUAUAAUAAAAGUCUCAAAAAGUAAUAUGAAGCAUCAAGAUGUCAUCCCUCAACUAGUUGUGUAUUGACGAUAUUCAGCAUUAUCGUGGGAAAAGUGUUUGCUAACAGAGAAUACAAGUCACUAAUCUAAGUAAUAUUUUCCACACAGGCAUCUUGUAAGAGGUCAAACACGUUUUUUGUAAUUUAUGUGGCUGUAAAUGAGCAUGCAUUCAAAACUAAGCAUACACUGUUUUAUAAAAGCAGAAACAUGGAAAAUAUUUGUUUGUAAGUCUAUAUACAGUAUAAAAUUAAAACCAGUACGUUUUAUUAAGUAUUGUGUUCAAAUCUGCAAAACAUCAAAUAACUGAAUUUUUCACAAUUAAUUUCUAAUGUAAAUGUACUAAUAGAUGAUGAUAAUAAUUAAAAAUAUUAACAAAAGCAAUUUGCCAAUGUGAGUGAAAAAGUGCCAAGAUGAUUGAACUUCACAUAAUAACCUCACAGAUUCCAGCAAUACAACUUAAGAUAACUCUUAUAGAAAGUAUAAUGUGCUCCAUCUCUUACGUCUUAAACCAGCUCACUCGUACUUUGAAAUAACAUAAAUGUACCUUUAACAUAAUUUGAAAUCCAGUUCCUUAAUUUCUCGCAUUAAUUGCAAUAGUCAUGCCUUAGGUAGUUUGGUUAUCAUCUUGUUUCAUCCAUUCUCGCAACUUAAUGUUUAAAAGUGUUGGUACGUAUAUUAUUAUGGUGACAGUUUGUAGUAUAUAAUUAAUAAGAUUAUAUCUUGUGAUAAUGAGCAGUAUGAGGCUUGGAGGGUUAAUGCUACUGAUUUGAAAGUUUGCUAUACAGAAGUCCCCAACUUACGACAUUCCUACUUACAACUCUUACUUAUGAGGGUUUCUAAUACUUUCUCAUCUGCUGUUUUGUGCUCAAACUCAAGAGCAGUGUGGGAUCCAGGAUUAUUAUUAUUAUUUUUUAAAUAAAAAGUACUGGUCGGGUACAUCAUGGUAAAAAAAAAAAUAAAAAACUUAACACAGAAAAUUAAAGUGGACAUAAUAUGAAUGUCUUAUGGAGUGUGCACGUGUGUGCAGCAAAAACUAUCCAACAACCAACACCAGAGUCAAAGACAAGACUAAAAUUUUUUGGGGCAUUAACAAAUUCAGUAACAAUAACCAAAACAUAGUGUUAUUAUUUCAUAAUAAAUAAAACCAGUGUUUAUUCAACUACAGUAUAUAUAUAUUUUUUUAAUAUUUGGAACUCAUCCUCCAGUUAUAGCAUUGCACCUAUGGAAAUGUUAUAGCAGUUAUAGCAUUGCACCUAUGGAAAUGUUAUAGCAGUUAUAGCAUUGCACCUAUGGAAAUUUGUGUUCAGACUUCCAAGCAAUCAACUUAUGACAAAAUCAGUAAAGCAUUCCAGGCGUAAGUUGGGGGACACUGUAUUCACAUGUCAUAACUUUGAAUCUGAUUUGCAUGACCUGUUCGUUUUUUAUAUUUCUAUAAAAAUACUUGUGUAAUUUUCUUUUAUUAUACUGAAUAGCCUGAUAAAAUUCUCACUAUGCACUUUUCCCAAAUCACUUUUGUAUCUCUAUCCUUAUUUAAUGUUUAAAUUUUAACAAACUAGAUGACACUGGUUGAACUGCAACUUAUACUGAUGCUAAGUUGUAAUUGUAUAUUUUGUAAAAAAUACUAAUUGGUAUGACACUGUAACGUAUGUCAUGCACAAGACUGAGAUAUAUGGGGUACACAGUAGGAAACAGUCACCAUUUUUAUAUAAUUAGUAUGCUUUUAUUUGACCUUUCUUAUGUUCAUUACCAAAAUAUAAAAAAAAAAUUAUAUGGUACCUUAUUCUUUAUCAAUACCCAAGUUUGUAAUUAAAUUACAGUUGUAAAAAAAAAAUGCUUUUAUUUGAUGUUUAUUAUGUUCACGACUAAAUGUAACGUUUCAUUUGUUGCCACAUGUGAUGUGUUUCAUAGACCCAGGCUGGGGCACGGUAUCUUCCACACCGCACGUAAGAGAAAGACUAUUAACCAACCUAAAUGUAUACAAAUUGCAAGCCACACAAAACAGGUUUCAAAUCUUCCAGUCAAUAUUCAAAUAUUACGAAAUAACAUCAAUCAAUAGUAUUAGAAUGAUAAUAAGGGAAACUCCAGGUAGCAUCGUGUGUAAUGCCACACACGAAGGAGGAGGAGAGGGCAGUCAAAGAUGCUGUAUAAUAUAAAGUUUACUCCUAACAUAUUGUUAAAAUAUAUAAAUAUAUAUACUAUAUUCUUUAUCAAUACCUGAGUUUGUGUGUAAAUUAGUUAUAAAAAUAAACAUCAAGUGAAAACAUGCAAUUGUUUCAACCCAAAACAGAGUAAAUGAGAGACUUCUGUAAAAUUUUAUAUUGUGCUAUUUAUGUUCUUAGUGUAAUAUAAAACAGAAAAAAAAUCCUUCAUGCCCAUUAACUUGGUUUUAUGAUGAGAUGACGUAAAUGUUUUACAUUUAUUUAUCUUCUUUGUCAUAUCAAAAGAUUUUGAGCAGCUGAUGGGUGAAUGUUGUACCUGCCGCUCACAGCAGCAUGGUACUGUACAUGAUUUGUUGAGUUUUUCAUAUCUGUUAUUCUUUUCAUAGGUGUUUUGGAUAAAGGAUUUAUUCACUGUCAUUUGCAAAAAAAAAAAAAAAAAAAAUUGUGAUAUUAUGAUUAGCCAUUGUUUUCAUUUGGGUUAGAUAGAUUGACAGGGGGGUAACUCGCUCUAUGAUGCUACAAUGCCAUGCAUAGUAUCUCACAAAAUUCACCGACACCAAUGUAAUACCAUAAUUAAACUAUGAUGCAUCUAUACCAUCAUACAUCACAAUACAUCAAUACUGAUGUAUUGUGAUGUUACUAAAGUGAUAUUUGACCUAAACCUAUUAACUGAUGCACAAAACUAAUUACAAAUAUUCAGCACUGGUUCAUGUACAGUACUGUAUUGUGCACAUAGUGAGUUUGCUUCCCAUUUUCCUUAUCCUUGGUUUUCUUUGUACCCUGUUAGAGAAAAUGAGUGUGAAUGUCCAGGUGUAGGAUUUUGUAAACAUUAGAUGAACUAGUGUAAACCCAAUGACCAUUGUGACAUACAAUAAAUACUACAGUAA